UGGAAAAAUGGUAGUUUAACUAGGCUAAACUAAAAAAAAUACCCUGGCGGCAGAUAAGUUGGAAGAAAACCCUCAAUAAACCACUGUAAAUCGCCGUAGUAAGUGGCAGAAAAUGGAGCUGUCGAGGGAGGAGACGCCCCAAAAUGACACCCUAAUUGAUGAUGACGACGAUGAUACUCCGAUGCUCAGCUCUCAAGCACUGGAAGCACUCAAGGAGUUCCUGGCUGAACAGAGCCGCUUGGUGGUGGAGGCUUCGCAGGAGGAGGAGGAGGUGGCACUGGUGGCGGAGGACUGGCGGCUCAGCCAGUUCUGGUAUGAUCGCGAUACCGCCGAGACAAUUGCUCGUGAAGUAAUUAUUCUAUGCCGAAAAGUGGAUUCUCCUGCCGUUGCUUGCAUUGCUUGCCCCACUCUCUAUGCCUAUCUCAAGAAAAUUGGUCCAGAAGUAUCUGCACAGCUUCUGGAGUAUGAUAAAAGAUUUGAGCAGUAUGGGACAGAGUUUACAUUCUAUGACUACAACCAGCCUGAUGAUCUUCCGUUGUCAUUAAAGCAUUCAUUUCCAAUUAUAGUUGCAGAUCCUCCUUACCUGAGCAAGGAGUGCUUGGAGAAAGUUACUGAAACAAUUUCAUUUCUCUCAAGACCAGGGCAAUCUUACCUUCUUUUACUCACUGGCGAGGUGCAAAAGGAGAGGGCUGCUGAGCUCUUGGGUUUGCGCCCCUGUGGUUUUCAACCCCAUCACGCUAGCAAACUUGGCAAUGAGUUUCGGCUGUUCACAAACUACAAUCCUGGGACAAGACUAGAUGGGUGGGAGGCAGAGUAAAGAAGUGGUUGCUCCAUUUCCCAUCAGGGCCAUCACACUGGCUAAAUAUCUUCCUUCGCUCGAUAGUUAAACCGUACUUAUUCUGGAAAGAGAUUCUGUAUCCAGGAUACAAUUAUAUUGAAUCAUGCUACAUGUAGAGAGGGUUUUGUUAGGCAUUUUUGCAGGUGGCAGCACUGCAUUGAUUUGUUUAAAUUUGUUUUUUGUCCAACAUCCAAUACAGUGCUGCCGUCUGGCAUUCUGCCGGGCAAGUCAUUUUCUACAAGGAGCUUAACGCUUUAUAUCUGAUAUAGUUACAAGGUCCUGUGGUGCGUUUGAAAAUUCUUGGGUAGUAGGGUUAAAUCCAAGGAUGAACGAUGAAAAUUCUCCUCGAUAAAUCAAGAUUGUAGCAUAUACCUAAUUUGAAAUGCUACCUCUCAGUCUGUUCUUAUUGUCCUCAUAUUAAUUUGUAUCAUGCUUUUCAAUUCGAAGUAUCGAGGGGAUUUUCCAUGUAAAACUUAUCUUGUAU